CGGGCGCCCACGACACCUACUGAAAGCACGACGACUGUUCUUCUCGUAGUCACUUCCACUGGUCUUGAGGAAAAUGGGAACUAGCAGGUUCCUGGCUGCAGUGGUUGCGGCCUUGGCGCUGACGGCAUCGACUGAGGGCCUCAGCAUCUGCACCACGUUGACCUGUCCUGAGCCCAACGGCCUCUUCGCGCACCCGACGGACUGUCACCGCUACGUCAAGUGUGCCAACAGCCACGCCUACGUCGAGACCUGCCCCGCCAACCUGCACUUCAACGAGGCCUUGGGAAGCUGCGACUACCCGCAAAACGCCAUGUGUGACAUCACCAAGCGACUGGAGACCGAGGGAUGUUCCCUUCGGCCCGCAAAGGCCAGUCGAUCCUUGCCCAGAGAGUCAGACCUUUCAGUCCAGUGCGACUGCGACUGCUGCCUCAAGCCACACAAGGACUGCAACAAAUACUACGAGUGCAAGGAUAACAUUGCCUACGUUAAGGAAUGCGGAGGUGAUUUGGUGUUCAAUCCUGCAAAGGAACAGUGCGACCUUCCAACCAAUUAUGAAUGCCCUAAACCAGUGAUAUGCGGCUGCCAUUGCCGAUACCCAGUCGACGGGGAGUGCAAUGCUUACUAUGACUGCAGGGACAACGAGGCGGAGAAGAAGUACUGCUCAGAAGGCCUGCUGUUCAACCCCGAUACCCGCAUGUGCGACAUCGCUGCCAAUGUUGACUGCCCGACUGAUCCUCCACCACCUGGACCUUGCGAUGGAAACGUCUUCGAUUCCGACCCUGAUUGCAAGUUCUGGGCCGCCAACAACGACUGUCACUGCAAGUGGACAGAUGGUGACUGCUCCUGGCAGCACUUUGUCGCCCGUGCAUGUCCCCGUAGCUGCGCCUGCCAAGACCAUGUGGACGUCAGCAAGCCUCCUGUACCUGAAUACCCUUGUGUGGACUGCUCUACCGGACAACAGUACUGGCAGCAUCCCAGCGACUGCCGCAAGUUCAUCCAGUGCGCACCCUACGGACCUCAGGAGAUGCCAUGUGGAGAGGGAACAGUGUGGGACCAAAACCUGCUCACCUGCAACCAUGAAUGGGCUAUCCAGUGCUUGACAGGCAACUUCCUUCUCUCUAACGGAAGCUGUUCAGGAUGCUCAGGAUGUACUCCUCCAGCAAAGCCCACAACCAGGCCUACCCAAAAACCUGUCACACCAGGCAACUUCACAUGUGUGGAUUGUUCCACUGGCCAGCAGUACUGGCAGCAUCCUACUGACUGUCACAAGUUCAUUCAGUGUGCACCUUACGGUCCCCAGGAGAUGCCAUGCCCUGCAGGAACCAGGUUUGACCAGAAGAUCCUCACUUGCAACCACGAGUGGAAGACCCCAUGUGUGACAGGCAACUACCUUCUACCUAAUGGAAGCUGUUCAGGUUGCACCGGAUGCCCAACAGUAACCAUCGAACCACCAGUUGGCUGCGGUGGUGAGAAUCCAGACUGCAAGCACUGGGCUGCCAGUGGAGCCUGCACCUGCAAGGCAGGCAGUGACUGUACUUGGGCGAACCAAGUGGCUUCAAUGUGCCCCAAGACCUGUCGAGGGGACUGUGGGUCAGUUACUCCAGUAACGGACCCCUGCAACCUCGUGUGUCCUUCUUACAGUGGUCUUUUCCCACACCCAAAGGCCUGUACCAAGUGGGUUCACUGCGACCACUACAUCCCCUACGUGAAGGACUGCCCCGCUGGUUUGCACUUUAACCCAGCAAUCAAGGUAUGCGACUGGCCAGAUCGCGCAGGUUGCACCUCAGGAGAGCACCAGAGUUGCGUAAUUCCCACUGAUCCACCAGUCACCGGGCCCCCUCCAACACCCAGCCCCUAUUGCACAUGCGAAUGUUGCCAUCUUCCUCAUCCAAAUGACUGCACAGCCUAUUACUACUGUGAUGUGAACAAGAACAUUACCUUCUUCACGUGCCCGUCUGGGCUAGUAUUCCAUCCGGAAUUGGAUACGUGUGUGUACCCUCAUGAUUACCCACAAUGUGAUAUUGAAGUGCCUCCCGUUUGCGAGUGUGACUGCCACUAUCCCUCAGAGAUUUGCAGCGAAUACUAUGACUGCAUCGACAAUGUGCCCGUGAAGAAGGAAUGCCCCUCCGGUCUCCUGUGGAACCAAGAAAAGAAGUCAUGUGACUAUCCCGAGAACGUCGACUGCAGCAAUCGGAGAACCCAGUGCAUCGAAGUGGCAAGUACUUGGAAAGCCGAUCUAUGGACUAGAGUCAAAUAUAAUCAUGAAAGUAAAGCAUGGACUGCAAAACGUGACUACAUCAAUAACAACAUUGACAAUGAAGUGUCGCUUCCACUGGUCUUGAGGAACAUGGGAACUAGCAGGUUCCUGGCUGCGGUGGUUGCAGCCUUGGCGCUGGCGGCAUCGACUGAGGGUCUCAGCAUCUGCACCACGUUGACUUGUCCUGAACCCAACGGCCUCUUCGCGCACCCGACGGACUGCCACCGCUACGUCAAGUGUGCCAACGGCCACGCCUACGUCGAGACCUGCCCCGCCAACCUGCACUUCAACGAGGCCUCGGGAAGCUGUGACUACCCGGAGAACGCUAAGUGUGACAUCACCAAGCGACUGGAGACCGAAGGAUGUUCUCUUCGGUCCGCAAAGGCCAGUCGAUCCUUGCCCACAGAGUCGGACCUUUCAGUCCAGUGCGACUGCGACUGCUGCCUCAAGCCACACAAGGACUGCAACAAGUACUACGAGUGCAAGGAUAACGUUGCCUACGUUAAGGAGUGCGGAGGUGAUUUGGUGUUCAAUCCUGCAAAAGAACAGUGCGAUCUUCCAACCAAUUAUGAAUGCCCUAAACCAAAUCCUUGCGGCUGCCAUUGCCGAUACCCAGUGGACGGGGAGUGCAAUGCUUACUAUGACUGCAGGGACAACGAGGCGGAGAAGAAGUACUGCUCAGAAGGCCUGCUGUUCAACCCCGAUACCCGCAUGUGCGACAUCGCUGCUAAUGUUGACUGCCCGACUAUUCCUCCAACACCUGGAACUUGCGAUGGAAACGUCUUCGAUUCCGACCCUGAUUGCAAGUUCUGGGCCGCCAACAACGACUGUCACUGCAAGUGGACAGAUGGUGACUGCUCCUGGCAGCACUUUGUCGCCCGUGCAUGUCCCCGUAGCUGCGCCUGCCAAGACCAUGUGGACGUCACCAAACCUACUAUAACUGACUACCCUUGCGUGGACUGCUCUACCGGACAACAGUACUGGCAGCAUCCCAGCGACUGCCGCAAGUUCAUCCAGUGCGCACCCUACGGUCCUCAGGAGAUGCCAUGUGGAAAGGGAACAGUGUGGGACCAAAACCUACUCACCUGCAACCAUGAAUGGGCUACCCAGUGCUUGACAGGCAACUUCCUUCUCUCUAACGGAAGCUGUUCAGGAUGCUCAGGAUGUACUCCUCCAGCAAAGCCCACAACCAGGCCUACCCAAAAACCUGUCACACCAGGCAACUUCACAUGUGUGGAUUGUUCCACUGGCCAGCAGUACUGGCAGCAUCCUACUGACUGUCACAAGUUCAUUCAGUGUGCACCUUACGGUCCCCAGGAGAUGCCAUGCCCUGCAGGAACCAGGUGGGACCAGAAGAUCCUCACUUGCAACCACGAGUGGAAGACCCCAUGUGUGACAGGCAACUACCUUCUACCUAAUGGAAGCUGUUCAGGUUGCACCGGAUGCCCAACAGUAACCAUCGAACCACCAGUUGGCUGCGGUGGUGAGAAUCCAGACUGCAAGCACUGGGCUGCCAGUGGAGCCUGCACCUGCAAGGCAGGCAGUGACUGUACUUGGGCGAACCAAGUGGCUUCAAUGUGCCCCAAGACCUGUCGAGGGGACUGUGGGUCAGUUACUCCAGUAACGGACCCCUGCAACCUCGUGUGUCCUUCUUACAGUGGUCUUUUCCCACACCCAAAGGCCUGUACCAAGUGGGUUCACUGCGACCACUACAUCCCCUACGUGAAGGACUGCCCCGCUGGUUUGCACUUUAACCCAGCAAUCAAGGUAUGCGACUGGCCAGAUCGCGCAGGUUGCACCUCAGGAGAGCACCAGAGUUGCGUAAUUCCCACUGAUCCACCAGUCACCGGGCCCCCUCCAACACCCAGCCCCAAUUGCACAUGCGAAUGUUGCCAUCUUCCUCAUCUAACUGACUGCACAGCCUAUUACUACUGUGAUGUGAACAAGAACAUGACGUUCUUCACGUGCCCGUCUGGGCUAGUAUUCCACCCGGAAUUGGAUACGUGUGUGUACCCUCAAGAUUACCCACAAUGUGAUAUUGAAGUGCCUCCCGUUUGCGAGUGUGACUGCCACUAUCCCUCAAAGAUUUGCAGCGAAUACUAUGACUGCAUCGACAAUGUGCCCGUGAAGAAGGAAUGCCCCUCCGGUCUCCUGUGGAACCAAGAAAAGAAGUCAUGUGACUAUCCCGAGAACGUCGACUGCAGCAAUCGGAGAACGUAAGGCUUCGACCGUGCAUCAAGGCCUGAAUUUUUGAUCCGAAACACACAUGACUGACAGAAAUCUUUCUAUUGCCUACAGUGAAACGUCCUUAUGUCCUUUAAUAGUCACGAAUUGUCAGAAGGCAUGAAAAUACUACCUGAACAAUAGUUUUUUUUUAUUAAUGAUACUCUUUUCUGAUAAUUAUGUUUCUUUGCCAAAAUCUUUUCAUCAUUUACUGUCUUUGAAUUCUACUUGCAAUGCAUCUCGAAAAAUCAUA